CCCUGACUGAUGCGGACAGAGAAUGUCGGUUAGAUGGAGCUAUACGACGUGGGCCUAGUGCAGCCGUGGCCAACCCGCGGCUCUCGAGCCACAUGCAGCUUUUUCUUUACAAAGAUGCUGCGCCCGCCACUCCUAACAGCGCUCACUGGUUGUUCCGCUCUGUGGGUGAUAUGAUGUAAUGAGAGGUGGAGCUCAAGCCAUUAGAAGGACAUGGUCGUGGAUGCCAGAAGCCAUUCUCCUUCCCUGGUCGCCGUUGCAAUACAGGUCUUUGCGGAAACUUCAAUUCUAAGGAAGGAGAUGAUUUCAAAACAUCAGGAGGACUAGUCGAAGCCACAGCAUCAGCCUUUGCCAACACGUGGAAAGCCCAACCCAGCUGCGAUGACAUGUCAGACUGGUUGGAUGAUCCCUGCAGCCUCAGCAUUGAAAACAAAAACUAUGCAGACUAUUGGUGUUCUAUGUUGGAAAAAACAGAGUCUCGAUUUGGCAUAUGUCAUUCUGAAAUAGACCCAACUGAAUAUGCAAAGAGAUGUCGCUAUGACUCAUGUGUCUGUAAAAACAGUGAGCUCUGCAUGUGUGCCGCUGUUUCAUCCUACGUCAGAGCCUGCGCUGCCAAAGGGAUCAUCCUGUGGGGAUGGAAAAAUGGCAUCUGUGAGAAGGACAUUACCUCUUGCCCAUCUUCCCAAGUCUAUCUGUAUAACCUGACUACGUGUCAGCCAACAUGUCGUUCCUUGGCAGAGGGAGAGAAAGCUUGCACUAGUGUGUUCACUCCAGUAGAUGGCUGUGCGUGUCCAGAUGGACAGUACCUGAAUGAGAAGGACCAGUGUGUACCUAUAUCCAAAUGUUCAUGCUAUUACCAUGGCACCUACUUGGAACCACUGGAUGUGUUCAACAAACAGGGUGAACGUUGAAUUUCCCCUGAAGAAGUCUCUUUAAGACGAAACGUGUAUGGUAAACACUAGAGGACUCAUUCAGAGAACCUGUGAUUGAAGAAAAAAUGCUUCCUUUACAAUAAGGGUGAAAAAUUGUGUUCAUUACAGUAAUGUAUUAAAUGACAAUGUCUACAAUGUUUUACUCAUC